CUCGAGUUGAACUCGACAUUACAAAUUUUGGGUAUGUGCCUUCGUAUCCUAUCCACAGCUAAAUGUCUACGUAUCCUUAAUUAAUGAGGACGACGCGUAAUUCCCAGUCAAAUAAGCGACAAAAACGCUCUAAUCUUUAUGAAGACUAUGUUAAUGGGAGUAUCGUUCGAAUUAAGUUGACCAACUUUGUAUCCUAUGACUCAUGCGAGUUUUUUCCAGGGCCGUAUCUAAAUAUGAUAAUUGGUCCUAAUGGUACUGGUAAAAGCACAAUCGUCUCUGCAAUUUGCAUUGGCUUGAAUUGGCAUACUAAGUAUCUUGGACGAGAAAAGGACAUCUCAAAGUUCAUUAAAAAUGGAAAAUCAUCAGCAACAGUUGAGAUUGAACUAAAAGAUUCAAAUAACACCGUGACCAUAAAACGAGUUAUCAACCAAGACAAGACCUCAAACUUUUCUGUAAACAAGGAAAGCUGUGGCGGAAAAAAAAUCACCGAGCUAAUGACUCGUUUUAAUAUCCAGAUUGACAAUCUAUGUCAAUUCCUUCCUCAAGAUCGAGUCGCCGAAUUUGCGCAGCUAGACCCUUACAUGCGGCUAAGAGAAACAGAACGAGCUAUUGGUGAUGACGAACUCUACGAUACACACGAAAGACUCAUUAAGUUACAAAAACAAUUAGUCACUGCAGCUCAAUUCAAAGAUCACAGUUCUACUAGCUUACACAAACUAGAGGAAAGACAAAAGGCCCUUGAACGCGACGUUCAGUUAUUCAAAGAAAGGGAAAAAUCGCUUGCUUAUAUUGAGCUGUUAAAACUUGCUAAGCUACUUGUGCUCUACCGCGAAAAGGCACAUUUCUUCAACGAUCUCCGGGACCGGCGCAAAAGGCUAAAGGAGGAAUUAAAAACCCUUUACGAACAGUCUGCACCUGCAAUUAACAAGUACAAUGAGCUUGUCAGGAUCGUCGAAAGUGAUGAAGCAAACCUUGCCAAAAAACUCCAACAUUUAGAGAAAGAUAAAAAGUCCCUUGACUCGAUGGACCGGUCUUGUUCUUCCUUCCUUAGCAAUGACAAAAUUUGCUAUGAAACCAUCAAGUCCACAGAAGCACAGUUGCGGAAUGCAAAAUCAUCUGUCGCUGACGUACAGCGGACCAUGGAAUUACUUAUCGCAAAACGUGGCCCAGAGCCUCCCACUCCAGAUGUGGAAUCAAUUCAUAGAGAACUGCAAGAAAUCAGUACUCAGAAAGUGCAGUAUGAGAAUACUAAACUGGAAAAAUCACAUACUUUGAGUAACAUCCGGGGCUCACGGAAUCAACACAUUCGUGACAUGUCCGACAUGGAACGGGAGAUUAACCAAUUAUCUAAUGUGCGCCAAAAGAAGUUGAAUUUCAUGAAGUCUUCUCCUGGAUGGAGCGAUGCAUUUCACACCUUUGAGCUUAUCGAACAGAAUAAGACACUAUUCGAAAAACAGGCUUAUGGUCCAAUCUUUAUGUAUCUUAACUGUAAAGAUAGACGGUUUUCUGCAAUGAUCGAGGGUUUCUUUCGCGCUGAUACAUUCAAAACAUUUAUUAUGAGCAGCUAUAACGAUUAUCUCAAGCUAAUGGAGGUAAUUACAUCAAAAACCGUGUAUACGCCCACAGUUCGUGAGUUUUCUAGUGAACGCAAACAAAAACUGGAAGAAUUCGAAGGUCCUUGUCCACGGGAAAAAUUACGCGAGUUUGGUUUUGACGGUUACGUUUUGGACUAUUUGGAGGGACCAGAGCCCGUUCUGGUUGCACUUUGUUAUAUGCUUCGAGUCCAUCAAAUUCCGAUUGCGGCGAAAGAUCUUACUCCGGAAGCUACCGAUGCUCUUAACAGACUUAAACAUCCAAAUGGUGAUCCAAUGUUUAAAACCUAUUUAGCUGGAAACUCCAUCCAUCUUAUUUUUCGUUCUUCUUACGGCAACAAGGAAAUUACCCAGCGUACAGACCCUCUACCAACCAAUGUCAUUCAUUUCGGUGAUUCAGUCGACGCUGAGGAUCUUCAUAACAGAAGGCAAAAAAUGGAGGAAAUGAGAAGACGAAUUGCUGAAGAAGAAAUUGAAGAACAACGGUUAAAUGCUGAUCUCUCAAACUCAGAUGCAAAAAUUCGGGAAUUCACAACAAAUAUUUCUCAGCUAAAGCAAAAACGUGAAGAGCUCCUUGCUCCUGUCAGAGAAUGGCAAGCAUUAAAUGACAAAAUCGAGCAUCAACGAAUGCUUCUAGAGCAAAGACGACAAGCACCACCAAAAUAUACAGCAGAGAUUGAAAAGCAGAAAACUUCUCGUAAGGACAAUUGCACGGAGUUUACUCAAGUUUUGCUUAAAAUGAAAGAUGCUGCCCUUUCAUCAGCGAAUACUUUCGAGAAUGCACUCUCUUCCCGAUUGAAAGAAUUGCAAUCUCGACAUGAACUAAAAGAACAUGAAGAACAAACAGCUUUAACGAAGCGGCGAUUGGAGGAACUUACGGCAGAGCUCUCAACGUUUUCUGAAAAGGUGACAGCAGCAAAAGAGGACGCUAUGAGUUUAUACAAAACCAUCAUGGAACAACUACAGAACGAAACUACUGAAGUUCAGGCUAAGGUCACUGAAAUUAGUGAAGAAGUUGAAUCUGUUGAGGAAGUGGAAAACAAAAUAUCAGUUGAAACUACAAAACUUGACUUUAUUAAUGUCAAUAGUUCGGUUCUGGAAAAAUACGAAAAGCGCAGAAAGGAUAUUGAGGAAAUACGAGCUAAACUUGCUUCUCAUUCUGCGACGGUUGAACGUUUAGACGAAGAAAUAAAGCAAAUACAGACUCCUUGGGAAAAGAAGCUUGAUAAAAUCGUUACAACGAUCAGUGCGAAAUUCGCCAAAAGCAUGACAGAAAUUAAAUGUGCUGGAGAAGUUCGUCUAGCAAAGAACGACGCCUUCGAUCAAUGGCAUAUUGAAAUUCUGGUAAAGUUUCGGAAGACUGAAAGCCUCCAAGCUCUCACUGGCCAGAGACAAUCCGGCGGUGAACGUUCGGUUUCUACAAUUAUGUACCUAUUAGCUUUACAAGGAAUGACGAUCGCUCCUUUCCAGGUUGUUGAUGAGAUUAAUCAAGGAAUGGACCCACGAAAUGAACGGAUGGUUCAUCAUCAUUUUGUGCAGUCGAUCUGUGAAGAACCUACCUCGCAGUACUUCUUGGUGACUCCCAAGUUGCUUCCUGAAUUAACGUAUCAUCGCAACGUGAGAGUCUUGUGUAUUUGCAACGGUGUAUGGCUACCUAAAACAUCGAUUGUUGGAAUGGAAUCAUAUUUACAGAAGGCGAAGGCUUUACAGCUGCAGUCUAGUGAUUCUGAAUAAACGAUGAAAUGCCUUGUUAUGCUUGUUGGCGUUAUGAUAUCUACUUAUAUAGUAAAGACAUUCGUUUUUUUUUUGUACCAUGUAGGUAAGCCGCUAACUACGGUGAUUAUGAACAUACAAUGUAUUCUUAGACAAAUGCAAAC